UUUUUAGAAAAUAAAGAAAAGUAAUAUGUUUAUAAUAUAAUAUAUAUUUGAAGGAAAAAAAAAAAAUAUAUAUAUAUAUAUAUAUAUCAAUAUAAACAAUACAAAAUACAGUAUUUUUUAUAGAAAAUAAAUAUAGAAAAUAAUAUAAUGUUCAUAAUAAGUGUGUGUGUGCGUAAAAAAAAAAAAUCCUCCACAAUAUUAACAUUACAUAAUGAAGGCCAUGAUAAGAUAAUUAUUCCACAACGGUUUGAAGAAGUUUAGUUUUUGAAGAUGUAGGUAAAGGUGCCUUUUCCCAAUUAAACGAUAUGUUAAUUAAAAGCGCAGUAUCUGUGAAGUUUGUGUGAUUCACUGCGCUCGUCUGAUCGCAUCAAUCCGCUAAUUGUCGUCGUGUCGACUUAAAGAGUCAUUUCCCACAAAAGGGAAUCUAAUUAUUUUCUUUUCACUUACACAUUAUCCGCCAACAUCACCUUAUUCGCACCCGGGUGGCAAGCGCGCGUCCGUCUUGUGCGCAGGCGCGCGUCUCUUUGAACCUCGCGCUCGUAAAGUUCUGGGGUAUAAAAGCGACGUUCUGCCACACUGGGUGGAAAAGCUGAACGAGGAUAUGGCGCAGGUUGAUGUCGAUGUGUUCACGGCGAAAGUUUUGUCCCAGUGGGACUGGAGCAGGGAGGACAGGACGUUUGGCGACUGCAGCGCGUCCUCGCCGGAGUCCGAGUCGUUCGACUCCGUGUGCUCGUCACCGGACGCGCGCUCCAGCAGCGGAGGAUGUGAGGCGUACGGACAAAAACACUCCGAGCAGCAAAAGCCCAAAGUGAAGAUGAGCGUGAAGAGGAGGAUGAAGGCCAGCGAGCGCGAGAAGCUGCGCAUGCGGAGUCUGGCGGAGGCGCUGCAUCAGCUCCGGGAUUACCUGCCGCCGGUGUACAGCAGGAGAGGACAGCCGCUCACCAAGAUCCAGACCCUCAAAUACACCAUCCAGUACAUCAAAGAACUCUCCAGCAUCCUCGAGCAGCAAGAAGGACAUGCGCGGAUUUGAUGGGAGCAGAGGUUCUGCAGAAGAACCUUUCGGUGAACUGUUCUUAAAGAGGAACCAUAUUUUCUUAGUGUGAAGAACGCUUUUCCACUAUUAAGAACCUUUUGUGCAAUGGAAAGAUGUUAAAAGUUCUUUGUGGAACCAUCCAGCUGACAUGAAACGUUCCCACAACGUUUGUUUAAAUGUUAAGAUAAAAUGUUCUUUAAAUAACAUUAUCUCUUAAAGGGACAGUGCACCAAAAAAAUUAUUGUCAUUUACUCACCCUCAAGUUGUUCCAAACCUGUAUGACUUUUUUUUCUUCUGCUGAACACAAAAGAAGAUAUUUUGAAGAAUGUGGGUAACCAAACAGUUGUGGGGCACCAUUGAAUUCCAUAGUAUAUAUAUAUAUAAAAAAAAAACUGUUUGGUUACCCACAUUCUUCAAAAUAUCGUCUUUUGUGUUCAGCAGAAGAAAGAAAUUCAUACAGGUUUGGAACAAUAAAUUUUGACAGAAUUUUAUUUUAUUUAUUUUUUUGGUGCACUGUCCCUUUAACGUUGUGAGAAAACAUUCAGAGAACAUUUGUAGAACAUCCUUAUGAUGUUAUUUGUACUUGACAAAUGUUAACAUUAACCUUCUAGAAAUAUUACAAAUGAAUGUUCAACGAAUGUGAGCAAAAGGUUUGGAGAAUGUUGUAUUAUAACAUUUCAAACAACGUUCUAAUCACAACGUUUUAAAAACAUUGCAAAUCACUGUUUUUAGAACAUACAUCCGAUGCUGAUAGAGAAUCUUUAUUUUUGCAGCUGAUUUUGAUUUUAGGCUGCUGUUGUACAGACUUUAUUUUUUCUGUUUGUUUGUUGUUUAUCCACUCUCGUGUUUUUCUGAUGUAAAUAUUUCUUGCUGAAGCUCGAGUGGAGUGUCUCUGUCUAAUAUUAAGAGUGUCUUUUAAAGUUAAAAUUUAAAAUAGCUGAAUAAACGUCUUGUUCGUGCA